UUUCCUCUCUCCUUUUCCCGUUAAUUCCAAAGCCCUCUCCUCUCAAUAAAAUCCCACUCACUUCCCAUCUCCACGCCCCCACAACACAAAACGACACCAUAUCUUCAAUGCCUCCGAUCAAAAUGAAGCAAUCGCCGAACCACACGGCGCAAAGCCUAACCACGUCUACCACUUCCUCACAAGAAGCGCGUCGUCUUGUCCGUGAAACGCUGCGUAUAAGCGCUAACUUGGCUUCUUCUCCCUCUCCUUCUCCUCCUGCCAAUCCACCCACACUCUCUCAAUCGGCUCUUCUAGAAGACGAAUUUCUCGGUUCCACCUUGAGAUUGAUUUGUUGUGAGGAAAUUGAUGGCCGGAGAUGGAAGUAUGUCGCUGAGAGAGACGCCUCUGGACGGUUCAAGAAGAAUUCUAUUCGCGCCGUUGGAUUGCAGACUCCGCAAGCUCCCGUUGAGGAAUUGAUGGGAUUCAUUAGAUCCUAUGUAGUCCCUGAAGGUUUUCCUGAUAGUGUUAUUCCAUCCUAUGUGCCAUACAUGACUUGGAGAGCUUUGAAGCAUUUCUUUGGCGGAGCGAUGGGAGUUUUCACAACGAAAACCCUUUUGAAUUCAGUUGGAGUCUCUAAGAGCCAAGCUAUUCCUGGGGCUGUCGCUAUCAAUUGGAUUCUCAAGGAUGGUGCUGGUCGUGUUGGAAAAAUGCUUUAUGCACGACAAGGAAAGAAAUUUGAUUAUGAUCUAAAACAGUUGCGAUUUGCGGGGGACCUUCUCAUGGAAUUGGGUGCUGCGGUGGAGUUGGCAACUGCAGCAGUCCCACACCUUUUUCUUCCUUUGGCUUGUGCUGCUAAUGUGGCAAAGAAUGUUGCUGCUGUAACAUCAACAUCCACUCGUACACCAAUUUACAAAGCCUUUGCCAAAGGAGAAAACAUAGGGGAUGUCACUGCCAAGGGAGAAUGUGUUGGCAACGUGGCUGAUUUGCUGGGAACUGGGCUGAGCAUAAUGAUCUCAAAAAGAAAUCCAUCCCUGGUUACCACAUUUGCAUUACUUUCAUGUGGGUACGUCCUCAGCUCUUACCAGGAGGUUAAAUCUGUAGUUUUGCACACCUUGAACGGGGCCAGAUUCAGUGUGGCUGUGGAGUCUUUUCUUAAGACAGGGCAAGUUCCCUCAUUGCACGAGGGGAAUGUGAAGGAAAAUAUAUUCAAUUUUCCGUGGUUGAAAGAUAGGUCUAUCUCUCUAGGACCAAGGUUUAAAGAUGCGUUUCAAGAUCCAAGAGCAUAUCUUGCCAUCGAGCCUCUCUUCGAGAGAGAGAGAUAUAUAGUGACUUAUAACCCAUCAAAGGAUAAAGUGUAUGCAUUGCUCAAGGAUCAAGCAAAGCCGGAUGACAUAGUAAAAGCAGCAUUCCACGCCCAUGUGCUUAUGCAUUUCAUACAUUCAUCAAACAACAAUUGCUCUUCACCCAGCAAGCAGCAGGAAUAUGGUCAUUCAAACUUUAUCCUCUCAGCUGCUGAUCUUGAGUCUCAUAUUGCUGAGUCGUGCAAGAUGGUCUCAACCUUGUAUGCUCCUUUCAAAAGUAAAGCUGCAGAACAAGGUUGGAGAAUGUCAGAAUCGCAUCUUAAUCCCGGCAGAGCUAGGCUCGUGUUAAAUAGCUAAACGGGACAAUUUACCCUCAAAACUUCCAUUUUUGUAAAGUCAGGUGCUCAGACAACAUUCGAUACUGCGGACAGGUCAACCGCCAAAUCAUGGAAAACAUGCACCUAAAGAGCUGACAAUAGAUGGCAGGGCCAUGGUGAACAUGGGCACAUCAAGCUGGUCAGUUUUUUCCAUUAAGCACCCUCAAUGCAGUUUACAGUGCUGCUUAGAGAUAAAGUUGGAUAUGCCAAGGCGUGGCUUUGAGUUGUAUAUUCAAGUCAUUGCAUUUUAUAGAAUGAAGCUGUAUCGUAAUACAUAUACGAGAAAAGUUUUGGGUUUUCUUUUUGUAUAUUUUUGCUUUUUAUUUAUUUAUUUAGGUUCUUUCUUUGUUGUUUGUCUUUGUUCUUCUUGUAGACAGUCUGCAUUGCCUCAAUGUUCUGUAAGAACCCAUUGAAAUGCAUUUUAAGAUCAAAGCUUUUCACGUUUGCUCAAA